UUGCGUUUAGCUGGACUGGUGGGCAAAUUUCUGUGGACCUGCGGCAGAAUUAAGUGAGGCUCUCAGUCAACGACCGUUUGGAAACCUGCAUUCACUCUGCUAUGCAUUUCCAGGAGUGGUUGCGGUCGCUUCGCUCCAGCGCAGGACUUAAAGGCUCCGAAUCGGAGGACUUGUGGAGUCUUCUGCCAUCUCUGCCUCUCUCCUCCUCCUUCUCCCUGUCGCCCUCCUCCGUGCUCGGUUUAGGAGCCUUGGCCUCCAUCACAGCGUACUGGCUGGUGACCCGUCCUCGACCCAUGCGCCCUCCCUGCGAUCUUAAAGCCCAGUCUGUGGCCGUUAACGGAGAUCCCAGCUGCAGGCGAUCGGCGAUCCUCAAAGAUGACACUCUGCUGGAGUUUUACUAUGACGACACCAGGACGGCCUACGACAUGUUCCAAAGGGGCCUGAUGAUCUCAGGAAGUGGCCCGUGUCUUGGCUUCAGGAAGCCGGGUCAGCCCUACGAGUGGAUCUCCUACACUGAGGUGGCUGAGCAGGCGCAGGUGCUCGGCUCUGGCCUGUUGGCUAAAGGCUGCCAGCCGAACCCGGAGCAGUUUGUUGGGAUCUAUGCACAAAACAGGCCAGAGUGGAUCAUCUCAGAGCUGGCCUGCUACACCUACUCCAUGGCAGUGGUGCCUCUCUAUGACACGCUGGGACUGGAGGCGAUGGUGCAUAUCCUCAACCUUGCGGAGAUCUCUGUGGUGAUCUGUGACCGGGAGGAGAAGGCGGCAUCUCUGCUAGAGAACAAGGAGAAGGGCACGACUCCGAAGCUGUCCUGCCUCGUUCUCUUUAACGACUUCAGCCAGGCCUUUGUGGAGAGGGCGAAGAGCUGUGAGGUGGAGGUUUUAAAGCUGGAGCAGCUCAUGGACAUCGGAAGGAGGAACCUCAAAGAUCCUGUGCCACCCCAGCCUCAGGAUCUGGCCGUGGUUUGCUUCACCAGUGGAACCACAGGGAAGCCCAAGGGAGCCAUGAUCACCCACGGCAACAUCGCCUCCAACACUUCCUCUGUCAUUAAGAUCCUGGAGGGCUCGUUUGAGAUCCAGCAAGACGACGUGUCGAUCUCUUACCUGCCGCUUGCCCACAUGUUUGAGAGAAUGAUUCAGGUCUCCAUGUUCUGCUACGGGGCCCGAGUAGGAUUUUACCAGGGGGACAUUUCUCUUCUUAUGGAUGACAUUAAAACUCUGAAGCCUACCUUCUUUCCCGUCGUGCCUCGUUUACUCAAUCGCAUCUAUGACAAGAUCCUGGGUUCGGUGACCUCACCAUUUCGAAGAGCUCUGCUCAACUACGCUGUGAAAAGAAAGCAGGUGGAGCUCAGCAGCGGGGUUGUACGUAACAACAGUCUGUGGGACAAACUGGUGUUCAACAAGAUCCAGGAGAGUUUAGGGGGUAAUCUGAGGUUUGCAUUGACCGCUUCGGCACCGAUCUCCCCAGCAGUGCUGUCCUUCCUCAGAGCCACUCUGGGGUGUCUGAUAUUUGAGGGUUACGGACAGACCGAGUGCACAGCGGGCUGCACGUUCUCUAUGCCAGGGGACUGUAGCACAGGUCAUGUUGGUGCUCCUUUGCCCUGCGCCAUGGUGAAGGUGGUGGACAUCCCAGAGAUGAAUUACUAUGCCAAGAACGGAGCGGGAGAGAUUUGUAUUCGCGGCCCCAGCGUGUUCAGAGGCUACCUGAGGGAUCCAGAGAAGACAGCUGAAGCCCUGGACAGCGACGGCUGGCUGCACAGCGGGGACGUGGGCCAGUGGCUUCCAAAUGGGACCCUGCGCAUCAUUGAUAGGAAAAAGCACAUCUUCAAGCUGGCACAAGGAGAAUACAUCGCUCCGGAGAAGAUAGAAAACGUCUACAUGCGUUGUGUCCCUGUACUCCAGGUGUUUGUGCAUGGAGACAGUUUACAGUCUUAUUUAAUAGGGAUAGUUGUCCCUGACCCAGAGGUGUUUGUUGACUGGGCCAAGGAUCGGGGAUUUGUGGGGUCCUACGAGGAGCUGUGCCAAAAUCCUGAUGUUAAGAAGGCAGUUUUAGAGGACAUGAGCGCUGUGGGGAGGGAAGCACGGCUGAAUUCGUUUGAACAAGUGAAGGACCUUUACCUGCAUCCAGAGAUGUUUAGUGUCGCCAACGGCCUUCUCACGCCCACCCUGAAAAGCAGGCGCGCCGACAUCCGCAGACACUUUCAGGAACAGAUUUCAAGCAUGUACAGCAAGAAGGCAAACUAACUCGACUCAGUAACUCGCAGACGCGACACCCGUGGGUCAGGGGUGUCCAAUAAAAGAACAAAAACGGGACCUGGGAGUGUAUAGCCUGCAGUGCCUCAUCUCAAACCCUACAGUUCGUUAUAUCUGGAAUAUUAUUUUGUUAUCCAGAAAUUUGUCAUCCACCUGUGAUCACAUCUCUCUCUUAACUCCAGACAAGGAAAUUGAGUGGAUCCAUAUUUGCCUUACAGUCAUUGUCACUAAUAAGAUUUUACAUGGACAUUAUCAUUGUUUAGUUGCAUAGAGGAGAAGCACAGACGGUAUUAGGAAGAACUGAUAUUAACUUUGAUCCUUUUAUUUACACUGCACUGUUGCUUUCCCAAGCAAAGAUUUUGAAAGGGACUCUUUAUGUGCACUUACGGCAUUGUUCCUCCUAGACGUUGCAUUAACUGUAGGUUCGUAUUUUAUGGUUGUUGGGUCUUUGCAUCACCGUCACAUAAGCUUCUGAUGAAUAUGUUUCAUCUUAGUGACUACUUCAAACCACUGACUUCACCUCAAGUUAAACAAUUAAUAUGAAUGAGCGGUGAAUGGGGGGAAAAAAUGUAAAUAAUGCUUAUUGUGAUUUGUAAACAGGAUUUGACUAAUGCCAGUAAAUAAAGAUUAGUAAUUGA